AGCGGCCGGGCCGGGCCGGGCCGGGCCGGGCGGCGGCGACGGCGGCAGCGGCAGCCGCGACACCCAGCCCUGCGCGGCGGCGGCGGCUCCACGGCUCGGCGGGGCGGCAGCAUCCCCAUGGCGCUCUUCACAAGAGCCAGCAGUCAUCUUAACACCACCAACUCCAUCCCCUGUGAGGCAGAUAAUACUACAGAGCACAACCUGCCACACUCACAUGCCUACUAUGCCCUUUGCUACUGCAUCCUGAUUUUGGCCAUCAUCUUUGGGAAUGUGCUGGUCUGCUUGGCAGUUCUAAGGGAACGCACCUUGCAAACCACAACAAACUACCUCGUGGUGAGCCUGGCGGUGGCGGACUUGCUGGUGGCCACUUUGGUGAUGCCGUGGGUGGUAUACCUGGAGGUGACUGGAGGAGUCUGGACUUUCAGCCGUAUCUGCUGCGAUAUCUUCGUCACCAUGGACGUAAUGAUGUGCACAGCCAGCAUUUUAAACCUCUGUGCUAUCAGCAUUGACAGAUACACUGCAGUGGUGAGACCAGUUCAGUACCAGUACAACACUGGGCAGAGCUCCUGCAAGAGGGUCUCUCUCAUGAUCGUGAUAGUCUGGAUGUUGGCGUUCGCAGUGUCAUGCCCUCUCCUCUUUGGCUUCAAUACUACAGGGGAUCCCAGUGUCUGUUCCAUAUCCAACCCUAUUUUCAUCAUCUACUCCUCUUUGGUGUCCUUCUACCUUCCCUUCAUGGUGACCCUGCUGCUCUAUGUCCGGAUUUACCUCGUGCUAAGACAAAGACAAAAGAAGCGAAUCCUCACUCGGCAGGGCAGCCACAGCGCCAGCACCAAACUGUCGUAUACAGACAAAGAACACAUCAAAAGAAAAACUUUGCCCAACAGAUGCCAAGGCACCUUUUCACCUCGUCUCUCAUUCAAAUGCCCCAGCCAGGAGACAUCUACCAAAAGGAAGUUGCUGGCUCUCAUCAGCCUACAGCAGUACUGCAGCUUCUGUCAAGAGGCAUCCCUCACCCGGACACCCGGACACCAGGGACACAACAGGCUGAAAGAGAGGAGAAAGAGCAGGAAGUCAGGGCUGGAGGUACGAACACUCAGCAAUGGCAAAACAAUCAGCUCUUUGAGGCCAGUGCACCAGCCGCCCCGGUUGAUCCAGCUUCGGGAGAGAAGGGCCACACAGAUGCUCACUAUUGUCCUGGGGGCAUUCAUAGUCUGCUGGCUGCCAUUCUUCUUGCUUCACAUCCUGAACACCCACUGCCCUUCCUGCCACGUGCCCCCAGCGCUCUAUAGUGCCAGCACCUGGCUUGGUUACAUGAACAGCGCCCUCAACCCCAUCAUCUACACAACCUUCAACACCGACUUCCGCAAAGCCUUCCUCAAGAUCCUCUGCUGCUGAUUGUGGGGCUGGCACCAAGUUGCGCUCGGUCUCCCUGUCUCCACCAGGCUACAGUUCACAGUGGACGCUCGGACUUUGAAUGAAGCGUGGGCCCUUUCCUCCUUCUGCCCUACACACUGUGGGACUUGUUACCUAAUGCACUCCCAUCCCACAGCCAUGAGUGUGGACAACAGCCCGGUUUGUUUCCUCUCUGCAGUGACAUGACUAGACACGCUCAGCUGUGCAGGAGAAGAAAGCAGCAACAGUCUGCUCUGCAGCUCCUGUGCAGCGCAGCUGAAGAAUAGCCGCUGUUAGCGGAGAGCUCCCCUCCACUGUGAGCAGUGGAGGUUAACAUGACACAGUCACUUCAGACAGUCAGGCACUCCCACCAGAGUGAAGAGCAAGAACUCACCCUGCCUGCAUGACUGUCUUCACCCACUGAGUCCCAAAGCUCCAGCUUAAGAGUACAAGUACUUCAGUCUUCUGGGGAGAGCAGGAAAGAAGACAGAGGCAAAGCAGCAAGCUCAGCAGCACACACCAGUGGCUCUGCAAUACAAACCUAGGUGUGCAGUGGAGGAUCAGUUACCACAGUGCACCAUUCCUGGGAAAUGCCAGGCCCUUGGCAGGCUCUCAGAGGACCCAAAUAGACAGCAUUUCUCAUCUGUUCUGAGAACUCAUUUACCCUCCCAUUGCCAGAGUCUCAGCCCGCAGAAGGUGCCCAGCACAUGUGCAGCAGCCUUAAUCAGAGGGCAAAACAUGACCUCUUUGAUAAGAUGGGAGCAGGAGCUAAGGAAACAAAUUUAGCACCGAAACUUAGAAAAGGAGCACCGGUGGAGAAACUACAAUAUCCCUCUUGUCUCCCUGUAAAAGUUUGUCCAUGCAACUGGGACAGUUUCAGCACUUGAGGAAGCUUCCCCAAAUGCAAGUGAGACACUCCCCUUUGCUGCCAGCUUGUAUUUUAUUGUUCCUUGCAGGUAGAGAGGUGGCAACCAUCCCUUUGGUACGUUGUACUCGUAGGUCAGAUUGCAUGAGAAGCGCAGCACUCUGUCAUAGGGGCAGUGUCUCCUCUUUUAACUCAAGGAUCGGCAAUACAUUGGCCACUACUUAACUACCAUAUGUAUAGUUGUCUGUUGCAACCACUAAAUAAUGAACAAGACUUAGGAUAGCCCCAACUGUGCCUAUAAUAGGUUCAAGCCUCUUUUUUCUGCUGGAGCAGGUGGGAAUUUGCAUGUACUCUAUCUGGUCUCUGGAAUCGAUCUCCAUCUCUGCUCUUCUCCUUGUCAAGAGCGCUGCUAGGAAAGGAUUUGUCCUGUCUUACCAGCAUGAUACCUGUCAUUACAGCACACUGUUGAAGGGGAGCUGUUUCAAUGUGCCUCAGCUGUAAAGACAGUACAGUGUUUCCUUCGGGGUGACUCCUGCAUGCAGAUAGACCCAUGACUCUCCCUGGCUCCCCUUGCCGACAUACCUGUUGCCGCCCCCAGCACACAGGGCACCCAUAAGUCCUAGCUUAGAGCAGCUGGACAAAUACAGUCCAUCCAUGCUCUUUUUCUCCAAGCUAUCUCCAGCAGUUCCUGGAUGAAAACACCAGACUCGUCCAGCCAUAACAUGUAAGCUGAUCUCAUCUGUGCUGUGCUGCAUGGGCCCAUCUCAGGGCAGUCUGAAACUCUUCGCCUUGUGUAGAAAAAACUGCUCUGGUACAGUCUUGACACAUCUCAUUUCCCACCCCCCCCUCACUGUACAGGGUCUAGACUGACUUGUCAGAGGCUCCAGGUCUCACUUCCAAGAUUAGGCUUCGCUGUGCUGUUAGCUGCACUUGUUUGACAGCUUCGGACAUAAGUGCAUAUUCCGUUUCUGCCUUUGUCUAUGCCAUAGCUCCUCCAUCUGAUACGUGUUUCUUCCCUCUUAAUACAAGGCCAAAGCACUGUCCUCCUGCUCUGAAGCACAUAGCAGAGUUCUAGCUUCUUUUUUAAUUUGUUUGGGUUUUGGGGGGGAUGUGCUGGUGAGCAGCAUGUGUUGUUUACCUGGAGACAUGCCCUCAGUACUGCAUUGUAACUAUGUUAAUCUAAUAAAAUAUAUUUGUAAUUGGAA